AUGUCGAGCGUGCAAGAGUACAUGGCACUAAACGCCCCUGCAAAUCUCGACAUGAAAAAGGGGGCGGAAUUCAUGCGCCGAAUAUCCGACAUUCGAAGCGAACUGGCCAUGAUACAGAAAGGACUGGACGAGCAGGCAGAAGUCCUGAGAAGUGUCAUUGAAGAUUUCGCUUACGAGACCGACCGGCGUAAUGAACGGCGCCAGGUUCCUGCCGCUUUGCGGCAGCUUGUUAACUACAGCAAGCGAUUGAGAAAAAAUAUUUAG